ACUAUUUUCAUCAUCACUCGCACACCAACUCUUCCUCCUCCCUCUUCCUUUUUUCCUCCUUCUGCUAAAAAGAUUUGCUUUUUUUUUCCGGUGAAUGGCAACUUUCUGCAUCUCCUCCGUUGAAACCCAUACCGGAAACUCCAUUAUUUUGAUUACCAACUCCAUUAUUAUUACCACCACCACCACCACCACCACCAUUAUUUGCUAAGCUUUCUUCUAUUCUCUCUACUCUGUUUCCUCUUAAGCAAUUUGGUUGUUGUUUGAGAUUUUAACUGUAUUGGAUUUAUGAUGGCUGUUUCAUUGAAGAGCUAUGGUGCUUGCUCCUUUGGUGCUAAUUCCCUUCACAGGAGGGGGAAUGGGAGAUGGGUAUCCCCACAGGCAGCUGUUGUACCUAAUUUUCAUCUCCCAAUGCGCAGUCUUGAAAUUAAAAACAGCACUUCAUCAGAUGAGAUAAAGGCUCUGAGAUUGAUCACAGCGAUUAAAACUCCAUACCUGCCUGAUGGUAGAUUUGAUCUCGAGGCUUAUGAUGCACUGAUGAAUAUGCAAAUUGUGAAUGGUGCUGAAGCGGUGAUUGUUGGAGGCACAACUGGUGAAGGCCACUUAAUGAGUUGGGAUGAACACAUCAUGCUCAUCGGGCAUACUGUAAACUGCUUUGGUGGGUCAAUUAAGGUAAUUGGAAAUACUGGAAGUAACUCAACAAGAGAAGCUAUCCAUGCCAGUGAACAAGGAUUUGCUAUUGGGAUGCAUGCAGCACUUCACAUCAAUCCUUAUUAUGGGAAAACGUCUUUGGAAGGCCUUGUUGCCCAUUUAGAGGCCGUUCUUUCCAUGGGUCCCACAAUCAUCUAUAAUGUGCCAUCAAGAACAGGACAAGAUAUUCCUCCAUCUGUUAUCCAACAGCUUGCACAGCAUGCUAACAUGGCAGGUGUCAAGGAAUGUAUGGGCAACAAAAGAGUAAAAGAGUACACAGAUCAAGGUAUUGUAGUAUGGAGUGGAAAUGAUGAUGAGUGUCAUGAUUCAAGGUGGGGUUUUGGUGCUACUGGAGUAAUUUCUGUCACUAGUAAUCUGGUUCCUGGCUUGAUGCAUGAAAUCAUGUUUGGAGGCACUAAUACUAAGCUGAAUUCCAAACUCUUGCCAUUGAUGACUUGGUUGUUUCGUGAUCCUAAUCCAAUUGGUUUAAACACUGCUUUGGCACAGUUGGGUGUGGUGAGACCAGUGUUUCGGCUACCUUAUGUCCCUCUCCCUUUAGCCAGAAGAAUAGAAUUCGUGAACAUAGUUAAUGAACUUGGGAGAGAGCAUUUCGUGGGAAACAAGGACGUUCAGGUUCUUGACGACGACGACUUUAUUUUGGUUGGCCGCUAUUAAUCUUGUUUAGUUCACGUGUGAACAACUUUAGCUUUUCUAGGUUUUUGUUGAUAAGUAGAAUUUGUGGAAGAGCUGAAGCUUCAACUUUGAAGGUAAAUCAGUAUAUGCUGGUAUUUGUUUCUAUAGGAUCUUUUUUUCUAGUUCUUUUGCAGGUCUGAACUAUACUAGGAGAUGACACGGAUCGAAGUUUGUCUCCUGGAGAAGAAUUCUUAUGGAGUUUUAUUUUAUGUGUUUGUGUUGUAGGAUGUAUUAGAUGGUGCUUAUGCUGAUACAUCAAGUUAUUUUUCUUAUGUUAUAAUAAGUUGAUUCAGUAUUUUCAUUUUA